AUGAGUGCCGCGGUGGCCGGAAGGCGGAGGGUGUCAGGCUCUGCGCCGCCUGCGGGGAGGGGACCAGGGGACCCGUGCGGGCCGCCCUCGAGCGAAUCCUACACAGGACACUGUUGGGGGCUGGCCCCAGGAUGGAGGCUUGGGCCCAGAACUCCAGGCAGGAAGGCAUCCCCAAGGCAGAUCUCCAGGGAGCCUACAGGGGCCAGGAGGAGAGGCCCAAGAUGGAGUGGAGGCCUCUGGCAAGAGGACCCAGCCAAGAGACACUCCUCUCAGGAGGGAGACCUACAUGGAGGGACAUCAGGUGGCAAGACGGCUCCCCAAGGCAGGGACUCCUGGAGCUGGGGCCUUGGUGUGAGCCCCAGUCCAGGGACUCGCCAGAGUGCAGGAGUGGGAUCCCUGGUAAAAGAACCAUGUGGCCCCACCUCCUCUCAGAACCCCGACCUAAUCAUUCCCCAGGGGCCACAUGCUGGGGAGGGCCCCUGUUGGUGCCCAGUCAAUACCAGGGCCUCCAGCUGUAACUGCUGCCUGGCACAGCAUCACAGAACACCUCCGGAGGAGAAGCCCCUGCUGUGUGAUCACUGUGGAGGCCAGCUGCUGUGCUGGUGCUGCCCCAGGACCCAGCUGUGCCAGGUCCACACAGAGGAUGGGUCACAGGAACAGCGCACAGGCACCCAGGCCUUCCCAAAGACGCUGCAAGUGACCCUCUUUCAGCAGAAGCCCCUGAAGGAGCUGCCCCAGGCCUGCCGUUGCCACGAGGGCUGC